AUGGUAUUCCUGACACUCCGUGAGUUCACCACAUGGCUUGACGUCACUCUCUUCGAGUUAUGGAUCCAUUUUUUGGGAAUUAUCGUUUCGUCGAUUUUAUUGUGUCUAAAAGUGCACUCCAUCCUGCACAUCUCCUAUUUCUGGGUGGCAUCUCCAAUGUUUAUUGGAAUCGGUUUCGUCUAUUAUUUCAUUUUCAUAAUCUACCUGAGAUCGUGUGUCGAGUAUAAAGACUAUCGAGCGCCCACGUUCAAAGUAAUCUGCAACAUGCUUCGUCUCACGUUACUCACCUCAUUUCUCUAUUUGUUAAUCAGUAAAAUUAGUGGAGAUUUGGAAAAAUCAGAAGUCGCCGAUCAGAGAUCGUACGGUUGGGUGUUCUCACCGAUUUGGGCGCUAUUCUUGAUAUGGGCGGUGCAGAUUUGCAGGACGACUAAUAGUUAG